GCCUUAGUGGAGCCCUCUGGUUGUGUGUCCGAGGUGCUGCCGCUGCAGUCGCGGACGGUUUGCUGAGCCCGUUAGUGCUCCGCAUCGAGACUGACGCCGCCGUCAUGUCCCGCUACCUGCGCCCCCCUAACACGUCUCUGUUCGUCAGGAAUGUGGCCGACGACACUAGGUCUGAAGAUUUACGGCGUGAAUUUGGCCGCUAUGGUCCAAUAGUUGAUGUCUAUGUUCCACUUGAUUUCUACACGCGACGUCCAAGAGGAUUUGCUUAUGUUCAAUUUGAGGAUGUUCGUGAUGCUGAAGAUGCUUUACAUAAUUUGGACAGAAAAUGGAUUUGUGGACGUCAGAUUGAAAUACAGUUUGCACAGGGGGAUCGGAAGACACCAAAUCAAAUGAAAGCCAAGGAAGGAAGGAAUGUGUACAGUUCUUCACAUUACGAUGAUUAUGACAGAUAUAGACGUUCUAGGAGCCGGAGCUAUGAAAGGAGGCGAUCAAGAAGUCGGUCUUUCAAUUACAACUAUAGAAGAUCUUAUAGUCCUAGAAACAGUAGACCGACUGGAAGACCACGACGUAGCAGAAGCCAUUCCGACAAUGAUAGAUUCAAACACCAAAAUCGAUCUUUUUCAAGAUCUAAAUCCAAUUCAAGAUCAUGGUCCAAGUCCCAGUCCAAGAAAGAAAUGAAGCCUAAAUCACGUUCUAGACCAAACUGCAGCUGGAAUACCCAGUACAGUUCUGCUUACUACACUUCAAGAAAGAUCUGAAAGCAGAAAAAGAACCAAAGAAGGGCAGUUCAAGCGACCAAAGGGUGGGUGGAAGGUGCUGCAGUAUGAAUACUGUACGAAUAUUUUGACUGGUAUGAAAACAUAAAAGAAUUAUCGAAAACUACAUGGAAUAAUUGAAGUCCCUUCAAGUUUGAAAGUAAGCAUUUUAGGACAAAUAAAAGGAAAUUCAAC